AUGGUGUCUUCUAAGCUUCUUGUCACCCUUGGCCUUGCUAGCCUAACUGCUGCGCAAUGCCCUUUUGCUGACCCAGGCAGAUUGGCAGCUAGAGCCGAGGGAAGCUCUCGUGAGCAUCUGGAAGACUAUGAAGUUGAUGACAGUAAGGGGUACAUGAGUUCCGAUGCCGGUGGCCCUUUUGAGGAACAAGAGAGCUUGAAGGCUGGAGAACGAGGUCCUACUCUGUUGGAAGACUUUAUCUUUCGCCAAAAGAUUAUGCACUUUGACCAUGAGCGAGUCCCCGAAAGAGCCGUCCACGCCCGAGGUGCAGGAGCUCACGGCCACUUCACCAGCUAUGGAGUACUUAAGUCUGCUAUACUUAUCACCAUUAUGGAGAUCACAGGUUGUAGUCUAUGA